AUGGGGAGCGAUGCGGCUGAUGACUGGGCAUUGCGAGAGCCUGUCCGAGGAUACCGCCGGAUUAAGAAGAAGUGCGAUGAAAUUAGGCCCUUAUGCAGCCGCUGCCAAGACCAUGGACAGAGCUGCGUGUAUGAGCCCAUCAAACCUCGCCAACGCCGCAGGCAGGACUCUUUCGACGAUUCAUCCUUGAGAGAAAUAUCGACGGCCUUGGAAAAGCAUACGUUAUCUCGAGUUGCUCAGAAGCGGCUGACGUUGGAGCAAUGGGAAGCCCCUCUAUGGUGCUCUGAUAUAGGGCUUGAUGGCAGCCUUGUAAUGGAUGGACACAUGCAACAGCCUGCUUCGGCAGUCGAAUGCAACCAAGAUGUUUUGGAUGAGAUUUUCACGGCAUGGGCCGCUGAUACCAUGGACCACGAUAAUGCUUGCUUGGACGUUGAUGGUUUUGACUUUGUCACACCCAUUGACCCUGUGAAGCAGGAAGAAGAAGGAGAAGGUGACGGCGACAACAACGGCGACGACGGCCAAAACAUCUCCCCCGACGAAACGACCGCCUCCGACGCUGCAUCACAGAACACAUCUCUCGCAGUAGUUGGUCCUGUAUCGGUUGCAUCUCCUACUAUCGAGGUCAUAAUACCUGCCUUUGCCGAAUUCUCCAAUCAGACCAACAGGCGAGCUUUGAUUGACCACUUCACCAAUGUACUAUCCCACCUCAUCGUAUUACGCGAAGAUGAAGGCAACCCAUUCCAACGACUUGUUUUGCCACUGUCUCAGAAGAGCACAGCGGUCUCGAACGCUAUAUUUGCCUUGGCUUCUGCUCAUAUGGAGCACCGAGGUGUACACAAUAGCGAGAGGAGCGUCUAUUUUCACAAUAAAGCAAUCAAUGGAUUGGCUGCUUUGAUAGCAAAGGGGUGCGAAGCGAAUCGAAAUGAACUAUUGGCCGCCAUCAUCCUCUUGAUUUAUUACGAAGUGUUGGUUCAGAGUGGACGGUCGAACAUUGUAGACGGCCACUUGAAAGGCGCUAUGGCGAUCAUGUGCAGCAGCCAAGCGUUGACUGACCCAACCGCAGUUUUCCUGGAACGGGCUUUCCGAUUCUAUGAUGUUAUAACAGCAUUAUCAUUUGAUUCAACGCCAAUUCUACCUACACCGGACUGCGAAAACCUGGCUCCGUUUCCCUCUGUUGACUGUCGCGGUGCUACUGUUCCUGCAGGAAACGCCGACACGCUGCUGGGAAUGGCCACCUCUUUAUGGCCCAUCAUCUACCGACUCUCUACUCUAGGCGGCCUGAAACGGCAACUCCUUUCUGCUGAGCUUAGAGGUGAUGAUUCAGAGACGGCAAAGCUGCGAAUUGAAUUCGAGACUACGGCUGCCGCGGUGGAGCUUGCUCUACAAGAAUGGGUGCUUCCAACAGACGAAUCUUUGCCCAAGGAUACGGAUAACCCCAUCAUGGCAGGGGUUUCGGCGCAAAAACAAAUGCAGAGCAUUCUAAACAGCGCCAUGGCUUAUCGACACUCCGGAUUUGUCUACCUUUACCGCACCAUCUAUGGUUACUCGCGGCGCCAUGCCGUAGUGCAACACCACGCACACAUCAGUCUCACCCACUGUGUUGGAACAGUGAAGAAUAAAGGCCCCAUGGGGGCUUUGCUCUGGCCGCUUUUUGUGGCCUCGUGUGAGGCCACCGAUACGGCCGACCGAGAGCUCUCCAGGCAGGCAUUUGCGGCCAUACGCCAGCGGCAGGGCAUGACUAAUAUCGAGCGAGCAAGGUGCAUAGUGGAAGAGGUGUGGAGACGAGCAGACAGCGGUGAAGAUGCCGAGGAUGAGAUAAUGCACAUUGGCGAGCAAAAGAAUGACUUGUGGAGAAGAGUUAGUAAGGAUAUGGGUGUGACAGUUGUCUUUGGGUAGGGCAUAAUGGGCGAUCUGAGUCUGAUGCUACACUGCAUUGCAGAUUGUUCACAUGAGUUGUUGAAUUAUUACAAGGAAAGAGAAUCGGGCCGAUGGAUUUAUUCAUUUAUUCAUUUAUUUUCGGACUACAACAAGCAGGGCCAGGCGUACGGGGAUCUAAUAAUAGGCUUGUUACUAGCGAACUCUGGUGCUCUGGAGGUGAGGCACACGGGAUGCUAUCACAUAAGCCAAGUUUGAAAAAUAACCAAUGGGAAGGGUUCCUAC